ACCAGGAACUCAUUGUUUGUAAACAUUGUCUCCCAACUACACCCAAACACGGGACCACCAACCAUCAACUACGGUGAUUGGUGAUAAAAUGGACACUUUAGAUUAGAUAUUAAUGAUACAAGUAUAUAAAACAAUAUAACUUGGCUGCACUUCACUAAAAGCUCUUGGAGAGGUGUUAAGACCUCACAAUGUGCCUGCUGUUCCUGUACAUCAAUCCGGACCCCAAGAAGGGAGAGUAUAAGCUCGUCUUGGUCAACAACCGCGAUGAGUCAUACCAAAGGCCGACCAAAAAAGCACAUUUAUGGGAUUCCAACUUAUAUGGAGGUAUGGAUAUCCAAUCUGGCAAAGAGGGCGGGACUUGGCUUGCUCUUUCACAAACUGGUAAAAUCGGCUGCUUGCUCAACAUCCUCACACCUAAAGAACAAUUCCAACCGGAGGCCACUUCAAGAGGUCAACUCAUCGUCGACUACCUUCUCAAUGACCUCGCGGGAAUGGAAUAUUUAGAGAAAUUAAAAAUGUCGGGGACUAUUUUUAACCCGUUUAACCUCUUGACGAUGGAUUGGGGGGAAGACGGGUACAGGGUAUCCUACUACAACAGCGAAGACAAAGUUCCCGCGGAUAUAGAACCGGGCAUUCAUGGAUUCGGCAAUUCCCCAAACGACAAGCCAUUCAAGAAAGUAAACCGAGGUGAAAAAAGAUUGAAAGAAAUCAUCGAAGCCUGCGGGAGAGUGGGCGACGAGGCCCGGCUACUGAAGGAACUGUUUACCAUGAUGGAGGACUCUACCAAGAACCUGCCCGACCACCAGUUGAUGGAGCAGGGCCGAGGUUACUCGGAUGAACUGAUCAAUAGUCUUUCAAGUAUAUGGGUGACCGCUGCAACUUGGCUAUAUGGUACAAGAACAACAACGGUCAUUCUCGUGGACAACACAGACCGCGUUGUAUUCAAGGAACGGACGAUGCGAGAGCCAAUCAACUUGGACGACAUUGAGUGGGACGUGAGUGAGUAUAGUUUCCGAGUGAAAAAUAUUGGUAAUAUAUGAAUCGUAAACUGCUAUAGUGAAGGUGAUAUUUAUGGUCAGGUAUUGGUGUAUCUACUUGAACCACCACUUAUAGAGGAGAGUGAUGUGAGUGGUGGUUAUGACGUACAGGGUUUGUGCGUGUAUGUACAAUCUAUAACACAGCUUGUAAAUGUGUGUUCAAAUUGUGACACAUCCCGUACCCUUUUAAUGUAAUGUACUGUAACACAUCUCCUGGACGGUACAUUGUGUGAAUUCAUCCAAUUGCAUUAGACUGAUUAAAUACUAUGAAGAAUAACUCUAGUCGGACAUGUCCAGUACUACAAAGACGUCAAAAAAAUGAGUUUGUUAACAUAAUUGCCUAAUAUAUAGUAACUCAUCUAGUCACUUAUAUUCUGGUCUUGGGCAAAUAUCAGAGUUAAUAUCUGUCACUUUAUCUGUAGUGAUUAUAAGUACUGUACUAUUUGUGAUGACCAGUAGAAGGGAAAUAUGAAUUGACUGGGAUAUUGAAUAAAAUUCGAGAUGAUGAUAAAUCGCGACUACAAAAAUGCCGUACGGUUAAUUGUCUAGAUAGAUAUUCAUUAAAAUCAUCCAACAAAUGUAUAUUGAUUCAGUAUUUUGCAGUAUAUACAUAAUGCAGUUACAGUAUACAGUUCAGCAGGUACAGUAUAUAAACAAUGUCAGUUCUCUAUUCUAUCAAUGAACCCUGACUAGUGAACCCUGAGACUAGUGAACCCUGAGGCUCGUGAACCUGUGAAUCCAAGACAUCACCUUCCCAGUGCAUCAUCUAUAGGCCCAACAGUGUGUGUUUAUGUGAUGUCUGGUUAUUCACAGGUUCACGGGUCCGAAGGUUCACGGGUUCACAGGUAUAGGGGUCCUAAGGUUCAUGGUUGGAACGGAGGAUUUACACGGGACUUUUUUCCGUGUCGGUACAACUGCGGAAAUGUGUCCCUACACUCCGAGGUAACCAGUGUCUCCAAACGGCACCGUCACAGUAGUAGCGUCACUGUUUAUGAAUGAAUGGUUAUUGGUCAUGUAACAAUGGACGUGAUUGGUGGAUAAGUUGGUCGUUUGGGGACACAUAGACCUCGCAGGUAGACAGCGUACCGACAGUGUGAUCAUGGGGGAUCAAUAGUAAAACAAGGACCAAAAAUUAAACUACUAUGAAGGUCAAAUAUAAUAGUUAACGGGAGAACAAUGAUGAACACCGACCGAUUCAAAAAUUUUUUUCUUGAACUUAAAAAAAACAACUUUGAUGUGAUUUAAAACAUUACCAGAUAUAUCAUUCAAAACUACUUAAAAGGAAUAUUGCUACAAUUAUACCCCUUGAUAAACUGUAAUAUAAUAGGAAAUUACUACCAUAUUAGCUAUAGUUUGUGAAUAUAUAUUUUUUUCAUAUAUAGAAAUUAUUACAGUUUGUCUAUAUAUAAGGUUGUGUUUUUCUAGCAUUAAUAUUUACCUCUUAUAGCAGUUUUAUAGCUUAUGUUUAGCGAUAUGUUAUCUCAGUUAGUUUGGCCAUUGAAGAGUAACAAGACUGGUAAUGGUGUGUGUUGAGACAGUACAUACAUACAGUAUAUCUAGGUGUUGAGACGAGAGAUAUAAUGUAAACAGUUGGCCAGGUUAGGUAAAUAUCUUGACGUGUUAAUAUGGAUUGUUCUUGGUAUAUUGUGUUCCUAGAUUUUGUAAUUACUGUAUAUAUUUUACUAGAAAUUAUAAUACUUUAGUAAAAGUAUUGAUAUUGUUUUUGUUCAGGAGAGACCAGGGUUGUUAUGAUUUAAAUCAAAUGAUUUAAAUCACAUGAUUUAAAUCAGAGUAAAAAAUCAUGAUUUAAAUCAAAAUGAUUUUUUUACUAAUAACUGUUUUCUCUUUUUAUUCUACAGUACAUGAUUGAAAAGUAUAUGCAAUGCAGCAGGCUAAUAACAUUAUUUGGAUUUACAUAAUUAUGUACUGUACUAUAGUCUGUUCUCUCCAGUUUUGUGAAACUUUGAUCAUAUUCACCCUUCCGAACAGUGGAGCACGAAGAGUUUAUCGAGAUGAUUUUUUUUUUACGGGAAUUAGCCCACCCGGGCACAGGUCAAAUGACCCACAACGGAGCCUGGGGGGCAAAAAAAAAGA